AAAAUGGGCGGGACUACACUAUACUUAACGAGGAAGGGAACUCAACUGUAGUUUGACCAGUUGAUAGGACGUAGCAAAGAAAAGUUGGCGUGAUGUUGACGAUUGUAGCCUUUGCUUGUGUGUCUUUGGUCAUAUUUUUACUUAAAUAUGUCUUCGGCAGCUCAGGUCCGAACCCCUUUGAGAAGGACUGUCGUGAGCCGCUAAAAGAGAAGGUUUACGACAAGAAAGAGAAAAACAAAAUCCUUAAGCAAGGUUUUGUGGCCAGUAAAGUACCAGACAACCUGGAUGCAGUCAUCAUCGGCAGUGGCGUCGGUGGACUCGGCCUGGCUGUGCUGCUGGCUAAAGUUGGAAAGAAGGUUCUGGUUCUGGAGCAGCAUAGUCGGGCCGGGGGAUGCUGCCACACGUUCACAGAGAAGGGCUUUGAGUUUGAUGUUGGUAUUCAUUACAUCGGUGACCUGAUGGACCAUAAGCCCUUUCGCUGCAUGCUGGACCAGAUGACCAAUGGUCAGCUGCAGUGGGAGAAGCUGGAGAACCCGUUUGACCACGUCGUGCUGGGACCGCCCGAAAACCGCCGCUCCUACCCCAUCUACAGCGGCAGCGCUCGCUACUCUGAAGAGCUGAAGAAGCGAUUCCCUGGAGAGGAGAAGGCCAUCGAUGAGUACUUGAAGCUGGUGAAGAAAACUGGGCGGGGCAUUUGGGUCAUGGCUGUGCUGAAGCUCUGCCCCUUACCUUUGGCCAAGUUCCUGAUCCACACUGGCCUCGUCAAACAUCUGUCUUAUUUCUACAAAAUGGCGCCACGCAGCCUGACAGAUGUGGUCAACGAGCUGACGGAGAACAAAGACCUCAGAGCUGUCUUCACCUACAUCUUUGGCACCUACGGCAACAUACCAAAAGAUGCCAGCUUUGCCAUGCACAGUUUGCUGACCACCCACUACCUGAGCGGCGCCUGGUAUCCUAAAGCUGGCAGCAGCGAGAUUGGUAUCUUCAAUACCUACGAGAAGCUGCUGCCCAAGGAGCUGCAGGCCAUGCCAGAGAUCCAGAAGCAGCUCAGUUUGGUGAAACAUGGUGCAGGAGGUCUGAGCAUCUUUAUUGGUUUAAAUGGAACCAGGGAGGAGCUGGGCCUGAGAGCAAACAACUACUGGAUCUUUGCUGACAACAAUUUUGAUGAGCUGGUGGAGAAAUAUAUGAAUGAUGGAAGAGAAGAGGCCUCUAAGAAAAUACCUCUGCUGUUUGUCGCCUCACCGUCUGCCAAAGAUCCGUCGUGGGAGGAGAGAUCACCAGGAAAAUCUACUUUAACUGUGGUCAGUUUUGCCAAUCAUUCGUGGUUUGAGGAGUGGAAGGACGGCAAAGUGACGAACAGAGGGCCCGACUAUAAAGAGCUGAAACAAGCGUUCAUUGACUCCGCUCUGAAUGUGGUGAUGGACAUUUUCCCAAAAAUCACCAGGGACAAGAUUGAGUACAUCGACGCUGGAACCCCCAUCACAAACACACACUACAUCGCCGCCCCCAAAGGAGAGAUCUACGGAGUGGACCACGGCAUCGCUCGGUUCAGCCCUGAGCUCAACGCUACAAUAAGACCUCAGACUCCCCUGAAGAACCUCUACCUGACAGGCCAGGAUGUGUUUUUGUGCGGUUUCGCUGGCGCCCUUGCCGGAGCUCUCACAUGUGGCUCGGUCAUUCUGAACCGCAACCUCCAUCUGGAUGCCAUCGCCUUGGCAAAGAAGACAAAAUAUAUGAACAACAAGCUGAAAGACGAAUAGCAGCUCUUAUUCGCUCUGUUUAAGCAUCACUGCUACAGAAAUGAAAACUUCUUCAUCAAAUGAUGGGGCCCACAAUCUGGACUUCCAGAAUGUUCAGUUUGAGGGUAAAGGUGUAUAAAUGUUGGUUUUGUUUGUAAAAAAAAAAAAAAAAAAAAAAGACUAAAAUUAAUAUUUUAUUGUUCUUGAAGAGAAAUUCACUUUAAGGUCCUGAGGAAGGAUUAAAAAACUUCUAAAAUGACAUAAAAUCCCUACUUUUUAAAAGUUAUUCCUUUGAUGAGGAGGGAUUUUGAAUCUUAAUCUUCACUCGUGUGCCUCUGUUACUAAACUGCGGAAAGCAGAUCAAACUCUCAGCUUGCUUCUGCCUUCCUUUAAUACUUGCUGCUCAUAUGGGAAUCCUUAAUUGUUACAUUUUUUUAAUAAAAACUAAUAAAAGCAACUCUUCUUAAAAAUAAAAAAUUCUUCCACAUUAUUGCAAAAUUUCAUUUUAACUCUUGUACAUAUUUACAUUUCUCCACUUCACAGUGUCUGUGCCAUUAUGUUCUCCUUUUUUUGAUGAAGGGUGACAGGACUACAUGGUGUGCAGAUGGUACCACACAGCAAGAAAGUUGUGGGUUUGAUUCCCAGCCUGCUCUUUUUUUCUUCAUUUUAGUUUGUGUGUUCUCCUUGUGCAUGCAUGUGUUCACUCCUGGUGCUCCAGCUUCCUCCCACAGUUCAAAGUAAUGAUUAUUAGGUUGAUUCCUGUCUCUAAAUUGCAUGUGAACAAGUUAAUUUAGAUGUAGCAUUUUUCUCUUAAUAAAUAUAAUUUUAAUUUAAAGCUUGUAUUUCAUUUGUACUCUUCUUAUUUUUGUCUAAAAAUACAUUUAUGUGGUAUUUUGCUGCAUGUAGCUGUGAAAUUGCUUCGGUUAAGUUGAGGUUCCCAGAAAGUUUCAAAUGGUGAACAGCAGCUUUACAAUCCACGUUUUAAAUCUUCAACAUCUAAAAAAAAGUAUGUACUGUUCAUGACUGAAUCUUUAAU